CUGCAAGGAAUUCGAUAUGAUGACCACACUGCGGGUUAUGGACCUUUAUAUGUAAAAGAUGAAUUCAAUCCAAGGAAAUACUACAUACCAAAAUGGCAUGACUAUGGAUAUUGCCCAGAACCUGGCACGUUCAGCCUGAAAUACUGCGCUUGUGAACAUCUAAAUACCACAUGUGCCUGUGCGCAUUGGAACUUCACGGCACCUGACCCAUUACUGGAUGAUGGCACAUACAUGAGUGAAGGCAACUGUGAAGCUGAUGGAAGAGGAGAGCUUGUAUGCCCUCCAGUGCCAUUUCCUUUUGAACCUGUACCUGCUGAAAUCCCAGCCACCCAGAAGAUUUACUUUGGCAAAACGGGUACAAUUUUUGGAAAGGUUGAUGCUAACUUCGAGGGUACAGUUGUGACCAACGAAAGCCCUGAAGCCAAACCUCCCAUGAACCACACCAUUAAGAUAGAGAUUAUUGAUUGUACUCUAAUCGUCUGGUUGGAGUACCGGGGAAUAGAAGUAUUUCACGAGGUUACUCUGUCUGCUGCCGCUAAAGCUAGAAUACAGAAUGGUGAGGGAGAAAAGAAGGCAUUUUAUUUAGUUGUUGAAAAUGGUAAUAUAACAGUGUGCCUAGGAGUGUUAUUUGAUGAUGGAACGUAUGAAGAGAACCAUUGGGAAGAACCUCUGCCAGUAGGUUUCAAGCUAGCUGGUAAUAAGUGUCCAUUCAAACUUGGAUUUACAAGACCAGCUAUAUAUUGUGACUUUGGCUUUUGUGUAUUUGGAUGGACACGUGAUCAAUGGAAACACUAUUUGCACACUUGUGAAGUGCCUCCGAAUCCCCAUCCUGGUACAGGGUCUUGGCCUGUGUUUGCUGACUGGAAUGAAGAAAACCAGCUCAGCCCUGGUUGAUCAGUGAAAAUAAAUUGGAACAAACAAUCAUACGAAUACGAAGUGAAUUAAAAUCUGUAUUUGAAUCGUGAGCAUACAAAUAAACAGAUUAAAACUGCAA